AUGUCCGGUCUUCCCUCUGCGCUACUGACCAAGUGGGCCACUCCUUUCGACCAUGAAACUGCCAAGCUCAGAGCCUUCCUGCCGCUUGGACCGUACCCGAACCAUCUCACCGAGGACAAGUGCUUGAAGCUCCACGCCAUAUACCGCGACGCCGUCAACGACACGGAGGAGAUCGAGAGCAUCGUCGCCUCCAAGCUGAGCGCCCUGAAACGGAAGCGUAGCCAAAGCGGCAGCACCAUCCAGAAUAGCACCGCAAACGCUGUCGGGUGGGAUCAGGCCGGUGGGGGCACCGCAGAAGGCCGCAACACUCCGGGGGGUGGCGGCGGCGGCAGCGGCGGUGUGAAAGACAAGCAGGCAUUGUCGCAACAACAGCAGCAGCAGCAGCAGCUGCCGAAGAAGAAGAAGAAGAAGGAUAAGGCUCGCACGGCGGACGGCGGCGGCGGUGGGGGGGGCGGGGGAGGCGAUGGCCAGCCGCCCAAGAAACGAAAAGGGAACUCCGGGAAGGAUAGCAAAAGGUCUGUUCCGCAGGGACCGGCGUGGGCUACGCGUACGCCCAAGGCCGGAGAUCAGGUUGCCGCCAAGGUCGAGGACGAGGCGCUGUGGAUCCUUGCCACGGUGGAAAAACACAACGAGAAAAAGGGUUUCUUCGUUGUCGUGGACGAUGACGCCGGCGAUGGCAAACGGAGGCAAUUCAAGCUCAGGAGAAGCAACAUUCUGACCCUUCCGAGACCGGAGGAAGCCUCGGGAGCCAUAUUCCCGGUCGGCUCCCGGGUGAUGACCCUCUAUCCCCAGACCACGACCUUCUACCCGGCUACCAUCAGCGGCCCCUUCGUCGAAGGCAGGGACGGCCGCAUCGACUACUGCGUGAUGCAGUUCCAAGACGACGACCCGACUCCGGAGGGAGUCCUUCCUCAUUGGAGGCUACCCGCACGCUUCGUGCGCUAUCGAAGUUGACGGGGGGGACUUGUCCUGUCAACUUGUGAUGUCGGUUGCGAUUACAGUAGGUCCCUCGUGUCACCGCAAUUUUCGAGGCGCGCGCCAAGUUGUAUGUGUAUAGCAAACCUCGUGUAUAGGAUUGAUGGGCCCCGACGGGCUGGUGGUGAUGUUGCCCAACUCGGGCAAGGAACAACUAUUCUAGGGCAAAUCCGAUUUUAGGUGGUAUUUGUACACACACCAUCCAGAAAAGAAAAGAAAACGACACCGCCGUGUUCAACAAUUGCCGAUAAUAUAUUCUAAGAGGAUUGGCGCCCUUGGUUGAUGCAAGCCGCGUUCCCCAAUGUACAUGUACCCACACAAUCCAAAGGCAGAAAGUAGUAAAUAUGCCUCCUACCUGCCUAAAGCGUCAGCCUAUAGCGUCAGCCUCCUUCACGAGGAAAGCGACACGUGGAUGAUGAUUGGAAGCGUAGCAGUGUGUUGAGACGUACCGUAAAUGUUGGCUGUUUAUCGAUUGUCCCCA